GUCUAUCUCGGUGAAAUUCAUGGUGGAGCAAAAGGGAGUUUAGGUGGUUCCGGCCUGGGGAGAAGACCUGCAGGGUUUCAGAUGCGAAAGUCGCACCCAACCGCUUCACUCGGGCUCUAGGCCAUCCGCAGGGGCCCUGCUUCCUUCCACCUGCGAGCUUUUUCUGCAGAAUGCGGGAAGCCGCCGCCGCCGCCAAAGAGGAGGGGGCGGAGGCAGAGGCGGAGGCGGCACCCAGGGGCCGGGGCAGGGGAGGCCGGGACCAUCGCAGUGACAAUUUAUUUUCCUGCAGCAGCGGCAGCAGGGACGGUUGCUGCAGGUUCGGGGUCGGCCGGCCUGCGCGUGGGCUUGCGAGGACGCUGUUCGUCCCCUGCGCUGGGGUGUCCGACAGCGAGGAGGAGAACGACGCACGGAGCCCGCGCGACUGGAACCAGCAAAGCUCCAUCUGUCGGCAGAGGAGAAGGGGGAGGAGGCACGGCCGAGGCAAACGAGCGGACGCCUAGUCGCCGGGUGCCGGUAUCACCCCGCUGCAACGCCUUCCAGCAAAAGCCACCGCGGCCCGGGUUGCAGCAGCCGGACGGAUGCCAAGGCCACACGGCAGGCACGGGGGCAGCCGUCGCAGUCGCCGUCCCACACGGGCUGCGGACACCGAGUGUUGCUAAUGAAGUGAUUGAGAAGAAACAGUGAACAUCCUCAUUUCACAGAUAAGACAACAUGGAUCAGCCUUUUACUGUGAAUUCUCUGAAAAAGUUAGCUGCUAUGCCUGACCAUACAGAUGUUUCCCUAAGCCCAGAAGAGCGAGUCCGUGCCCUAAGCAAGCUUGGUUGUAAUAUCACCAUCAGUGAAGACAUCACUCCACGACGUUACUUUAGGUCUGGAGUAGAGAUGGAGAGGAUGGCGUCUGUGUAUUUGGAAGAAGGAAAUUUGGAAAAUGCCUUUGUUCUUUAUAAUAAAUUUAUAACCUUAUUUGUAGAAAAGCUUCCUAACCAUCGAGAUUACCAGCAAUGUGCAGUACCUGAAAAGCAGGAUAUUAUGAAGAAACUGAAGGAGAUUGCAUUCCCAAGGACAGAUGAAUUGAAAAACGACCUUUUAAAGAAAUAUAACGUAGAAUACCAAGAAUAUUUGCAAAGCAAAAACAAAUAUAAAGCUGAAAUUCUCAAAAAACUGGAGCAUCAGAGAUUGAUAGAGGCAGAAAGGAAGCGGAUUGCUCAGAUGCGCCAGCAGCAGCUAGAAUCGGAGCAGUUUCUGUUUUUCGAAGAUCAACUCAAGAAGCAAGAGUUAGCCCGAGGUCAAAUGCGAAGUCAGCAAACCUCAGGGCUGUCAGAGCAGAUUGAUGGGAGCGCUUUGUCCUGCUUUUCCACACACCAGAACAAUUCCUUGCUGAAUGUAUUUGCAGAUCAACCUAAUAAAAGUGAUGCAACCAAUUAUGCUAGCCACUCUCCUCCUGUAAACAGGGCCUUAACGCCAGCUGCUACUCUAAGUGCUGUUCAGAAUUUAGUGGUUGAAGGACUGCGAUGUGUAGUUUUGCCAGAAGAUCUUUGCCACAGAUUUCUGCAACUGGCAGAAUCUAAUACAGUGAGAGGAAUAGAAACCUGUGGAAUACUCUGUGGAAAACUGACACAUAAUGAAUUUACUAUUACCCAUGUAAUUGUGCCAAAGCAGUCUGCGGGACCAGACUAUUGUGACAUGGAGAAUGUAGAGGAAUUAUUCAAUGUUCAGGAUCAACAUGAUCUCCUCACUCUAGGAUGGAUCCAUACGCAUCCCACUCAAACUGCAUUUUUAUCCAGCGUUGAUCUUCACACUCACUGUUCCUAUCAACUCAUGUUGCCAGAGGCCAUUGCCAUUGUUUGCUCACCAAAGCAUAAAGACACUGGCAUCUUCAGGCUCACCAAUGCUGGCAUGCUUGAGGUUUCUGCUUGUAAAAAAAAGGGCUUUCAUCCACACACCAAGGAGCCCAGGCUGUUCAGUAUAUGCAAACAUGUGUUGGUAAAAGACAUAAAAAUAAUUGUGUUGGAUCUGAGGUGAUAUGUUCUGAAUGUAAGCACCGUCAACAUCAGACACCUACUCAUGGACAUGUGGUUGCCGGAUUUUCUUAAGAUGUUUCCAGAAAUGACUGAUAUUUUAUAUUUAUACAUUUUAGAUGACAAAGCUUGAUAUUUAUUGCUGUCGCACAUUUUGAAGUUUUCUUUUUGGGUUGCUCUGUGUCAAGAGAGGUUACAUGGUGUUAAAUCGGUACCUGAUAAUGUACCCAAAUACUAUGGCCAGAUAAUAAAUUGUGCUGCAAACAA